CAACUGCGAGCUUGCCCGGUGCGGCAACCCCAUAACGAUGGUGAAACCCCAUUGAGAUUGUAGAGCGGCAUUUGUGUCUUCGGAAGGUGUCUGGCUUUGCCUUUGCAGCGGCCAGCCAUCGAAUAUGUGGCCAGGACACGAUUUCCGGAGACCGUCCGAUGGUGAAUACAGACGAGCCUAAAGGGAGGAAAACGUGCUUUUGCAAUGCAGGGAGGUCUGUGAGUUGGAUGGGAGGGAGUACGUACUCUUCGCGGCUUCGUUGCCAGAGAGAAGAAGGAGGGAGUCACAUCGUGAGCUGCCAGGAAAGAAACAACAGACGGCGGAACUUGCCGUUGUCCGUUGCAGGGGUCAACCGCCGCCAGGGAACCCUUAAUGUGACCACGAGGGAAAGCAGCUAGCCCUAAAGGGUGAGAGGCUGUUGACAAACGAGCAGA